AUGGAGCUGUCCGCGAUAGGAGAGCAAGUGUUUGCCGUGGAGGCUAUCGUCAAGAAAAGAGUUAGAAAGGGGAAUGUGGAGUACCUGCUGAAGUGGAAAGGAUGGCCUCCAAAGUACAGCACAUGGGAACCAGAGGAACACAUUCUGGAUCAGCGUUUAGUGCAGGCCUACGAAGAGAAAGAGCAGAGAGACAGAGCUCUGGGUCACAGGAGGAAAGGAUCUAAAUCCAAAAGACUCUUACUACAGAAUACGAUCUACACCAUGGACCUCCGCAGCGCUCACAAGACUCCAGAGCAGCCCCCGCCUCGCCUCCGUCUGUCCCUGACGCGCUCCCUGGUCCCCGAGGACGAGGAUCAACCGUACUGUCCCUGCAAGCACGCGCCACAACAACAACAACAACAACAACAGGCACACCGCAAAUGCAAACAGAUGAGGCCGCAGUUCGGGUUCUUCAACUCAAAUCCCCCGAGUCCUACGCAAGAGGACUGGAAAAGCGGGGGAGAGGAGGAGGAGGAGGACGAAGACGAGGACGACGAAGAGGAGGAGGACAACGUAGAAGACGAGGAGGAUAUGGAAGAGGAGGCUGAGGAGGACACACCAGAGAGGAGCAGGGGCCUUCUUGAUGGACAGAAGAGGACAGACAAGUGGAGCUCCGCUAUCGGGCUGGACGAGGUCACCGCGGCAGAGAAGCCGGACAUCGACUGGAGACCCGUCAUCGGACCGGGAGAGGUGACGGUCACGGACGUCACCAUCAACUCCCUCACAGUGACUUUCCGAGAGUCGAGAGUGGCCAAAGGCUUCUUCAGAGAGUUGGGCCUGGCGCGGCGUCCCAUUGGUCAGAAAGUUGUUUAUCCCGCAGUGAGGAUGAUGGGCGAGCGUCUCGUGAUCCCGAAACUGUCUGUGUGUGACAAUGAAGCUGCAGGGAAUGGAAGUGCCUGA